AUGGCGACAGCGCUAGUUCCUGGACCAAGAAAGACGGCUGCAGUGCUCGUCGGAAACAUUCCGUACGAUGCCACCGAAGAUGAUGUGCGUGCUCAUUUAAACCAGGGCGGCAAAGUGGAGUCCUUCCGCAUGGUGUUCGACGAGGAAACGAUGCAGCCAAAGGGCUACGGAUUCUGCGAUUUCGCCGAUCCUGAGACAGCUGCCGCUGCCAUCAAAGUCCUCGGGGAUGGAGAGUUCCAUGGCAGGUUACUGCGGCUUCGUCUUGCAGACAGUUUUGGAGGAAUGCCUGGAAAAGGGGUGUCAAAAGGUGGAGAGCCUGGGAAGAAGUCCACCGUCUUUGUGGGAAACAUCCCACAUGAUGCUACAGAAGAUGAUGUUCGUGGGCAUUUGUCCCAAGGUGGAAAAGUCGAGUCCUUCCGCAUGGUGUUCGACAAGGAAACGAUGAAGCCAAAGGGCUACGGAUUCUGCGAUUUCGCAGAUCCUGAGACAGCUGCCACUGCCAUCAAGAUCCUCAGCGAGAAGGAAUGCAAAGGUAGGAAGGAUUCAGGAGUGCCAGCACGAAUUGCGAUGGCGCUGGUUCCCGGACCCAGGAAGACGGCCACGGUGUUCGUCGGAAACAUUCCGUACGAUGCCACCGAAGAUGAUGUGCGUGCCCAUUUAAACCAAGGUGGCAAAGUGGAGUCCUUCCGCAUGGUGUUCGACAAGGAAACGAUGCAGCCAAAGGGCUACGGAUUCUGCGAUUUCGCAGAUCCUGAGACAGCUGCCGCUGCCAUCAAAGUCCUCAGCGAAAGAGAAUGCCAUGGUAGAUUACUUCGACUGGAUCUUGCAGACAACGAGCUGGCGCGUGGGAUGCCUGCGCGAGGGGUGUCCAAAGGAGGAGAGCCUGGGAAAACCUCCACCGUCUUCGUGGGAAACAUUCCAUAUGAUGCUACAGAAGAUGAUGUUCGUGGGCACUUGUCCCAAGGUGGAAAGGUCGAGUCCUUUCGCAUGGUCUUUGACAAAGAAACCUUGCAACCGAAAGGCUAUGGCUUCUGCGACUUCGCGGACCCAGAUACAGCUAUCACGGCUAUCAAGAUCCUCAGUGAGAAGGAAUGCAACGGAAGGUUGCUCCGACUGGACCUUGCCGAUAACGACCAGUCUCGUGGUGCACCUGCACGUGCCGCUGCAAAGGCUGGCAGUGGUACCUUGGCCCUGGUGGGACCCGAGGCACCGAGCCGACCUCGCCAGCCUCAAGCACCACCUGCACCCAUCAAGACAUCGGGUACAACAGCAGGCAGCGGAGUGGUCACUCCAAGCACAGUGGAUCCAGCCGCUGCGGCAGCUGCCGCACUGGAAGAUCCGAACGUGCCAGCUGACACAAUCAUGGCAUCAGUUGCAGCACACACGGACAUUGUGCAGACUGUGGCCUCGAUGCCGCAGGCACAUCUGCAGCUGUGCCUUGGAACCAUGCAGGAGUUAGCCAAAGCUGCGCCCGAGCGGGCCCGUGCUGUUCUCUUGGAGCAUCCGCAGCUUUCCCAUGCGCUCCUCCAUGCCCAGUUCCUUCUCGG